UCAAACCAGUCAUAACUGUUAAUUAAUCAAGUACUUGUAGAGUUUCUAUACGUCCAAAAUAUUCAAACGUUAGCUGUAUUCAGCAAUGGCAAAAGUAAUUGGAAUUCAUAGGAACACUCUAUUUCUCGUGUUCUUAGCAAUUUUUAUCUUCAGUGAUGCUGUUCAAGGCUUGACACAGGUGUGUGAUAGGCCCAGCCGUAAUCACGUAGGUAGCUGCCCGGACCAUAAAACCUGUAGAGAUGCAUGCAUGGCUGAACCAGACGGUCGUAUUUUUGCCGGUGUUUGUCAAACUACUACGUCCGUCAGUCAAAGUGACUUCACAGAAUGCGUGAAAAAUCGUAUGUCUCAACAUUUCGGUGGUGCAAUUGCAAAUCGCGGCGAUUGUUCUUCGCUAGUCGUUGAUGACGACGAACGAGCUUGCGAGAAAAUAUUGGACGAUGUUGAAGAAGAUUGCAGAACAGAAAACACAGUCAACACUGGUGAUCGUUGCACCUGCUCAUACAUCUGCUGAUCAAUAUUGCACAUGAUCACUAUCAUCAACUAUAAUUAAGAUUUAAGGCUAAGGGCAUAUAUAUAAAUGUAGCUAGCUAACCUUCAAUUCUGAUUUCUUUUCUUAUUUUUUCUGUUUUCUUUGUAUUAUUUCACUCGUAAAUCAUGGUUGUGUAACUUUAAUGAUAGAUUAUAGAUCUCUAUCAUUUAAUUAUUCUAUGUGCUUGGUUAUUUAUUGGGAGUUUAAUUAUUUGAUGUUGUUGUUAAGA